AGUAAACAAUGUUUGUUUGGCGCUAAACUUUCUUCCUUGUUGUUUCUCUGAAACUUUCCUCUGCUUUUGGAAAUAUGGCGAGCUUCCCACAGAAAAUAAAAACGAGCGUACCGGAAGAAACCAAGAGCAGUCUGACUGAAAAAGAUUUGCAGAAGUGGGGUUUGCAAGGGAUUCAGUUGCGAGCCUAUCAGCUGGACGGAGUGCAGUGGCUCACCCAGUGCCUGGCCAACCAGCAGGGAUGUAUCCUAGGAGAUGAGAUGGGCCUGGGAAAGACCUGUCAGACCAUCUCUCUGCUAUUGUACAUGAGAGGGGCCCUGCGGCAGGACGGGCCGUUCCUGGUCCUCAGCCCACUGUCUGUCAUGGACAACUGGAGGAGCGAGAUGGAAUGCUUAUCCCCCUGUCUCAAGGUGCUGUGUUACUAUGGAGACAAAGACAAGAGAGCAGAACUGCAGAGGGACAUGAACAACACACACUACCAUGUUCUACUAACUACAUACGAG